CACUCUGUGUGUUAAGCUGCGAUUCCCUCCGAACGAAGCGAAACUAAAAUUGUAUGAAUAGCGAGUUUAAAGUAGAGAGAGAUCGACCAGCCAGCUAUCAGGAGCAACAUGAUUACGCGGAAGGCCAGAAUCCCUCUUCAGAAACUAAAGAUGGAGUUCAAGAAGCGAAGAAAAUCAAGAAGCAGCACCGCCAUGCCCGGCGCCAGCAGGCGCAAAGCAGCUAGUCGUCAAUUGGGUUCGGAAAGAAGAACCUCCGCGGCGCGCCGCCGCUCCAAAAGAGGAGCAAUCGAUCUUCUGGGGAAGCUGCCGGAUCAACUGGCAGUGGAGAUACUUUCCCGUGUGGGCAUGACGCUAAAAGAAGCGGCGAGGUGCAGCAUCCUUAGCAAAGGGUGGCGAAAUAUUUGGCAAUAUAUCAACGACGGAGCUCUGGAGUUCGACGGUGACAAGCUACGAAAGACGACGAUCAACGAACGGCGGCAGUUCGCAAACGGAGUCGACCAAGCCCUGAGCUCUCACCAAGCGUGCUUGAGCGCUUUGAGAAUAAAGUUAAACAUGUUGGGGAUGGACGAGCAAGCCUGGAGGUGGAUCCAAUUGGGUUUGGCCAAGCGAGUCAAACGGCUAACCCUAGAGUACUCCUGCUUCCCCUGUUCUCCCAACAAACGCCUCGGGGUUUCUCUGCCUCUCUUCAACCCUGCCUUCCUCAUCAAGCAAGACCUCACCCGCCUCGAGGCCUUGGAACUCGAGGGUCUGUCGGAGAUUCCCAAAGGAACUCUCGAGCACAUCUUCUCCGACCACUGCCCGGCCCUGAAACGCUUCGCCCUUCACAAUUCCUACUUCGGUUACCAUGGCUCCACCACCACCACCACCACCACAAAAGCAGUGAUCAGCAUCCGUUGUUCCAGCAUCCAGAGUUUGAGCUUCCGUUUCCCUCACGGUGCUUACGAUCUCUCCAGGAUCGAGCUCAUCUCUGCCCCGCAUCUUCGAUACUUUGAGUUGAAUGCAGAAAUCGAGACACUGACGGUGUCAUUUGGGGGCGACGAGAACCUUCCCCGGCUCCUGGAGCUACGUCUCAGUGGAUCCUGGCUCCGCACUGCAAAACCCCGCUACCUCCUCCCGUCACAGCAUAGCAGGCUCGUCCUCCAGGCGAAUGACUUCCUUCCGAGGCUGGUUCUUCCCCGGCAAUGGCAGCCGUCCACAAUCAUAGCGUUGGAUUUGCACAUACCUGCGGUUAACGGCCUUCCAAGUUGGUUGGAUUGCGCCAUCGUGUUGAGGGCAGCUCCGAAGUUGCGCCAUCUGUGCAUAUGGUUCGAGAACACUUUCGGCCCAAAACAAUGGGAGAGGAGAGGUGGCUUGCUGUCGACGUGGAAGCAUCACUCUCUGCAAGCGCUUCACCUGUACGGGGUGCAUCCAGGAGAUAUGGAAGGACGGGUCGAUCCUCGCGCACUCCAGCUGGAACUUGCUGCUCACAUUAUCAUGAACUCACCUUCCUUGACCCACGUCCUUAUCGACACCGAAAGUGUUCCCAACAGAUCCUACAGGCUUCCUCAGCAGGCUGAACUUGAUUGCUUGUACGCCAAGUAUGAGUUGGAAGCCCAACUCCUCCACCCUGACUAUUCCGCUUCCCACAUUCACUUUACUUAUCAAUGAUGAAUUGAUGAUGAUAAUUGUUGAUGCCAAACUACACAGAACCAAUUUGUUCAAUUAAGUUUCUCUGUUUUGUUUUGUUUUUCAUUUUGGUUCUUCCUUCUUACGAAUGAAUGUACGAUGAAACAUAUGAAUAGCACAAAGAAACAUUACAACAAGGG